CAUCUGGUUCGGGUGUCCCCACCUUGGCUGUGGGGAGAGGGCCAGGUCCCCACGGCGGUGUCCUAGUUUCUAAUUCAGUCUUUGCUGUUUUCUUUGGCGGGGCUGCAGUGCAGGCUCCAGCGAGGUUGUGUUGACGCCGGCCCGCAUUGUGUGGCUGCCUGGCUUUUCUCCCCCAGGUCUCCGACGCCCGUUUCUCUAACUCAGACGCCAAAAAAGCGGAAGACCCCGAGUCUGUUGCCGUGCGCCUUUAUGUCUCAAGCAUGCCGGUCCAAGCUGGUAUCUUUCCAAAGGGACAGGACCCUGCGGGGAACCGAUUUCUCCGGUUCUUGUGAAGGAAGUCAGACCCUGAAUAUCUCUGACCAUCCAUGAGCUCCGACUUCCAACAUUACAGUUUCAGGAUGCCAAACAUUGGAUUCCAGAACCUGCCUCUCAACAUAUACAUCGUGGUCUUCGGCACUGCAAUUUUCGUCUUCAUCCUCAGUUUACUCUUCUGCUGCUACCUGAUCAGGUUGAGACAUCAAGCGCACAAAGAGCUUUAUGCGUACAAACAGGUUAUUCUAAAAGAAAAAGUCAAAGAGCUCAACCUACACGAGAUCUGUGCUGUUUGUUUGGAGGAAUUCAAGCCCAAGGAUGAGUUGGGAAUCUGUCCGUGCAAACAUGCCUUCCACAGAAAGUGCCUCAUCAAAUGGCUGGAGGUGCGCAAGGUGUGCCCGCUCUGCAACAUGGCUGUCCUGCAGCUGGCCCAGCUCCACAGCAAGCCGGCACACCACGGCCCGCCCCAGGAGCCCCUGCCCGGCGCCGCAAACAUCGUAUAGCUUCCCGCAAGCGGCACAGACCCUCGUCCCAGCCCCCCGCUCAACAGGGCUGUGCAGAGGUGCACCCAUCCCGAUCCCCGAAGCUGCUACGGAUAGCCUUGGAGCACCUGCCCGGGUUCCCUUCAUCUCCUGACGAGCUCCCAGGUCCUUGCAAAGGAGGAAGGGCAGGUGUGCCAGUUGCCGAAGCGCGUGGUGCACCGGUGCGGCCGACACGGAGGCGGUGUGGCGAGCCCGCCGGUUUGGCUUUUCUUUCUUUUCUCUCCUUUUUCGUAACAUACGAGCACUUUACGGAGGACGCUUGUCGGUAGAGCCAGUGCCUGAGCUGGACGGAUGGAGAGGGAGGAAAGGCGGCCAGAGCCGGGCUGUGAGAGAUGCAGAGCAGAAAUGUGGAGGCGCCCGGCGCAUGCAGCACGGCAGGCGUCGUUCCAUCCCGGGGAGGGGAGCUGGUGCACACGUCUCGGGAAAGCUGCGCCCCACGAUUCCAGCCCCCAGAGGUUACCUCACACCGCAUUGCCUGUGGCACACGGAACUUGACGAGCGGUGAGUCCAAAUCCUGACGGAGCUGGCGGAGAAGUUGGGACGCCGGAGUCCCCCUCGUGCGUGGACGGGACGGGACGGGACGGGCAGGGAAACGGAGGUCACCCCCCACCUCUAAGGACAACUGACUUGCCGGGGGCCGCCCCCACCGUAGACACUCGAAUGCUGCGUUGGUGCAAUUCCUGCCUCAGUGAAUGGUUCCAUAAGUGCCCCGGAACGUGGGAGGAGAAACAGAUCUCACAAAUGCCGCCCCUGUGAUGCCCCUUGCCAAGGGAAGGGCACGGCCAAAUUGGCAUCUAACAUAAGGGGCUGACGGCCAGCCUGCGGAUUUGGUACCAGAGUACGGGAGCGCCCUUCAUCUUUCCUAGAAUGUGAAUCCCUCUCACGCCAUGUGCUAGCACAGAAGGAAGUGUUCACACACGUAUGGCUAGAAAGGAUUUGUGUCUUUUAAAAAAAGUGGCUCUGAAAUUUGACGUCUUACUAGCUUGGGGAGAGUUGAGAGGGCGAUUUUGGUGGUGCAGUUUGGGCGGGCCAGCGAAAGAAGAGGAAUCCUGGCGCAUGACUAGACCAAAGGCCUCUAGUGCAGCGUUCGCGUCUCACAGCGGCCAAGCAAAUGCCACAGUGGGAAGCCCACGAUACGAGCACGAUGGUGUUCUGCCCCUCGCCUCCCCCAGCGAUUGGUGGCCAGAGGCAUAUGCCUCUUAUUCCCCCAGUGCUGGGGAUCGGUAGUGGGUCAUAACUGCCCUUCGCCCUGGAGGGGGUACGCAGACACCAUAAUCUGGGAGCCGUGGAAGUUUGUCUGCAGUGGAAAACUCUUUUUUUCCUGUCAGUAUUUCCAUUCCCUGACAAAACUCUGUUUGCACUUUGGAAAAAAGGGAAAGGAAAGGAAAAAGGGUCCUACCAAGCAAUAUAGGUUGGUGUUUUGUGCCCCAGUUGAAGGCCAAACGGACAGCCUGGAGUCCAGUUCUCCUUUUGCUAUGAAUUUGGCUAUCUGAAAACAUCAGCUGUCUUUAUUUAAAAAAAAAAAAAAGUUUCUAGCCCGUAUCAUGUAAAGCAGGGAAACCGUGGUCGAGAUUAACUGUUCACGCUGUUUGAGAGCAUACAAAAGCAGUAGGAUGCAACCCCUGGAUCUCUUCAUUGAGACCAUUUUUUUCCCAAAAAAAUUAUGUCAAGCCUAGCGGUUGAUGAAUGGGUACCAGGAAUGAUUUUUUUUUUCAGUAUUAUGCUGUACAUUUUCCAAACAAUGGCAGAGACUGUUUCUUCCCAGCCUUUCUGCAGUCAGGUAAUGGCAUGCAUUUCGUUAGCAGCACUCAGUGGCCACUUAGACUCACGGAUUGUCAUUUCCUUCUCUGGACCAUCCAGGUUCAAGAGUCUGAUCUCUUUCUCCCUCCACGCCCCCUGAAUUUUCCUCUUCCACAAUCAUUUUGUAAAUAGUGCGCAACUCUUGGAAAGAGUUUAUGAACUGUAGGGAUCCUCCUGGAUUCGUAGAGCCAUUUGUACACUAAAAUAAAUAAAUAAAAUUCUGCAGCAGAAUAUUUUUUUUAAUAAAAAAGACAAAAGAAAAAACAUGUGCUGGUUUUUAUUUUGUAAGCUAUAUUUUUGUAUAUUUAAUUGCUAUUUUAAAAUUCUAAUGCAGCAUUUUUGCUAAUCAUAUUAUUCUUAAAUGUGGGGUUGGGGAGGAGAGGGGAAACUUUGCAUGUGAUUUGACUUGAAAUGUAAAUAAAGGCAGAUUUUGGAAA